CUUUUGAAAAUUCCCCAGUUCAUAGUCAGAGAGCGAGAACACCGUCUUCUUCCCUUUCACAAACACUUUCAUCUUCCACACAGCACACAUCUAACAGCUUCCAGCUCGAUUCGAAAAGGAAAGAUGUUCGUCGUUACGCCGCUUUUAAUUAUUCUCCUUACAUCGGCCUGCAGCAAAGGUGAAAUCAAUCUGCGGGCUGUUGGGGGCCAGAGAAUAAAAUGCCACGAGAAGACCGUCUUACAGUGUGACGUCAUCUCAUCGGUGCCACUGAAAGUUGAUAAAGUGUAUUGGAAAAAACAAGACGAGAUUGACUUUGAAUGCGAUGCAAAAUCCAGCAACUUCCCUCCAGGAUUUGAGUGCAACUACACAGGGGAAGCUCUGACGUUAUCCAUCUUAAACACCACUCCUGCAAACACAGGCACAUAUUUUUGUUGCAUUACAACCGACUCCGGACAUGGAAAAGACAACAUCGAUCUGUUUAUAGGACAAUGCAGCGGACAAUUCUCCAGCCAGAUUAAUGGAUCCAACCAAAUACAGUGCAGCUACAACAGAGUGUACCCAGAGGCCGUAAUAAACUGGUUUCAUUAUGACAAGAACUUAACUUCCAACUCUACAAGCACAAGUCUGAGGAACUCUGACGGAACGUUCAAUAUCACAAGUGUCCUCAACUUCCAGUACGAGCAAAAUAAAUUCAACUGCUCGCUGUGGUCGCUCAAUCGCAUACGAUACGAUGAUCAUGAGGUUGAAGUGACAGAGACUGUUGAUUCGAGGUCUGUCAGCGGGAUAGGCACACAGCACUGUUUAUCAUGGACUCUUAUUCUUCUUAGCCUUAUGUUUACAUUGAGUCUUUAUAAUCUUCACAUCACAAGCCUUGAUGACAAAACCAAAGAUCUGGUGGAGUUUCAUAAAUGGAAUUUGCCAGAUAAACCGACGACCUGAUCCAUACAGUGGUAGAGUAUUGCCAUGCGGUAGGUGUGGAUGUAAUUAAGGACCAGGGAAUACCUGAAGAACCGCAACUUUUCUUUUACUGAUUCUUGACUGGAUUUAUUUAAGAAAACGCUCAGAUGAAAAAAACCUAAGAAACUAUUUCAAAAAGCGUUUUGAAAAGGUAUUUGUUCCCGUUCUUUAUCCAAAAUAAUGCAUGACCGUAAAUUAGCUGAAAGACUACACUGAAUAUACAGUAAAAAACUGUAAACGGUUACUCAUUUUUGUCAUUGAGAUACUGUUUUUCUACUUUGUAUUUUCAUUUUUGUUUCAUUUUCAUUUUGUUUGUUUUUUAUUUGUUUAAGGUCAUUUUGUUUUUGUUGUUUUAUUGUUUUUUUAUUUUUAUAUAUUUUUAUUUUAGCUACAGUCAUUUUAAUAGAUCAAAAAAUGAAAAUCAUGAAUGCUUCCUUUAACUGUCAGGUGAAUUAAAAUUACUUUCAAACAUUAGAUAUCCUUUGAUAUAAUUGAUGUAUUUUUUGUUUGUUUUUUGAGCGACUGAGUAGAUUUUUUCCAUUGUUUUUAAACUGCUGUAA